AUGAAAUCAUUUAUAACAUCUAACGUUAUUCUAAAUAACUAUUAUUUUGUUGUUGGUGGCCUGUUUAUAGCCUACUUAAUAUAUCGUACAUUUCAUUCUCUUAUUGGGACGGGUAAUUUUAUACAAACAAAGUAUAGAUCUAGAGGCCAUACAUGGAGAAGUAUUCAAUGUAACAAAUCCAUCCCAUAUAACAUCCAUUGUGCAGGUUGUGGAAAGCUUAUGUUACCUGUAGACGGCCUAUAUUGUGAAUGUUGUGCUGUCAGCGCUUGUAACCUCUGCUGUAGAGGAGUAGAUAAAAAAUUUAAGUGCAAAGAAAUAACUUGGAAAGAUGACAGGCCUUUUUCUCAUCUUUGGGUUAAUGUUGGUGUUUCCAGAGGCGAUACAGACCAGAAUGAGGAAACAGAAAGUUUUAAAAAUUAUUUCUGCAGUUGGUGUCAAAGAGUUAUAAAAAGUGAUGAUUUACCAAUACAUAAAACUGAGGCAUGUGAUUUUCAAAAGUACAAAGAUAUAAUUAUACCACCGAGUUGUGUCAAGAUUGAGAAAAAUAAGAUAUUAUCAAUACUUCCAGUAAAUGAUGACGAGUGGGAGCCAUUAAUAAUUUUUGCUAAUAGGAAAUCGGGAAGUAAUAGAAGCGAUGAAGUUCUUUCACUAUUUCGUGGCUUGCUAAAUCCUUUGCAGGUGAUAGAUAUAAGCAGAACUGCUCCAGAGACUGUGGUGCGAUGGCUCCCUCCUCGUUGUCGUGUAUUAGUCGCGGGGGGCGACGGGACUAUCGCAUGGGUACUUAAUGCACUGCAUACCGUCCCCCAUAUUAAGGCAUCAGUGGGUAUCUUGCCUAUGGGCACGGGUAAUGACCUGUCAAGGGCGUUGAGAUGGGGAGCGACUUGCGAUUCGGUUUUAGAUGCACAUUCCAUUAUUAAUUCCUUAAUGCGAGCUGUUGAGCAGCCUUUAGACCGAUGGAAAGUGACUAUAUCACCUAAAAGGCGAAGCCUCGGCCGCCUGCGAGGUUCUCGUGUACUGUAUGCUUAUAACUACGCGAGUAUAGGUGUGGACGCGCAGGUGGCGCUCGAUUUUCACCGUGCGCGCGCGCAAUUUCUAUACAGAUACGCUAACAGGACUUUGAACUAUGUAGCCUACGCGUUACUUGGUGUUGGACGGGCUUUGGACGACGGUGGUUGUGGUGGCCUUGAACGACGUCUUCGCGUUUGGGUGCCGGAACCCCUCGAACUGCCGCCUGUGCAAGCAUUGGUCGCCCUGAACAUCCCAUCUUGGGGCGCUGGCGUUAAUCUCUGGAGUAUGGGGAGUGAAGAAGUCCCAGAACAAAGCAUGAGCGAUGGAAAACUAGAGGUGGUGGGUAUUUCAUCAUCAUUCCACAUAGCGAGGCUGCAGUGUGGACUGGCUGAACCAUUCCGAUUCACCCAAGCAUCCGACGUGAGGAUCGAGAUGGAAGGCUCGUGUGCCAUGCAGGUUGACGGUGAACCGUGGAUGCAGGGUCCCGCAACUAUACUAAUACAACAUGCUGGUCAAAGUCGCAUGCUUGUCCCGUCGGAGCCAUUCCAAACUUAA